UAAUGAAGAAGAAGACAUUUCAAAAAAAGAAUCUCUGUCUAGACACAGAUGAAGACUCUGUAUAAGCUGGAAGUGUCUAUUCAGAAAUUGGUCCAGAUGGUCUUAGAUUCCUUAAAGAAAACAUCAGAGUUUCAAAAGAUGGUCUUUAAGUCCAAGGACAGUAAUAACUUCAACCAAUAAAUGCCGAUUAUAUUCAAAUUGUCAAUAAACAUUUAGGAAGAGGAGCAGCCGGAACUGUUAGCGAAGCCAUUUAUAAACCUCUUGGUAUUAGAGUGGCCAUCAAAGUAAAUUAAAAGAACUAUGCAAGUCCAUUAAUGCUUAUGACCGAGAGAAACGAUACUAGUUAAUGAAUGACAUUAAAAUACUAUUGCAUAAUAAAAUGAAUGCUGAAAACAAUUCAGGCUAUUAUUGUUAGUUUUUAGUUAAUUUAUAUGGAGCAUAUUUUGAUGAAGGCAGUGUUAAAGUAGUAUUAGAAUUGAUGGAUGCUGGAUCUUUGGGAGAUAUUCUAAGAAUAUAUAGAGCAGCAUUAAUUAAUGGACCAAUUAUAAGUGAACCAAUUCUAGCUAAAAUAAGUUAAUAAAUUUUGAAUGGAUUAAGUUAUUUGCAUCUAAUAUCUAAUUAAAUUCAUAGAGACAUUAAACCAGAUAAUAUUUUAUUGAAUUCAUAAGGAUAUGUAAAACUAACUGAUUUUGGUAUAUCAAGAGAUCUUGAAUAAUCUGCCUUUUGUACAACAAAUUGUGGAACUUAAGCUUAUAUGAGUCCAGAAAGGAUAGGGGCUAAAAAAUAUAAUCAUUUAAGUGAUAUUUGGAGUUUUGGUAUAGUAUUAUAUGAAUUGGCAAUGGGUAAGUAUCCUUUUUCAAGUGCAAAGACUUAUUUUGAAAUGUUAGAUGCAGUAGUAAAUGAAGCAUAACCUGAACUUUCAGGAAGUUAAUUUUCUCCAGAAUUGAAAGAUUUUCUGACUCGUUGUUUAUAGAAAAAAAUAUCAAUGAGAGCUUCAGCAGUUGAAUUAUUGAGUCAUCCUUGGAUAUUGUAGAAUUUUAAUAAGGGAGAGUCUAUUUCUGAUUGGUUAUAACAUGUAAAACAUAAUAUAUUACCAAUUGCUUAAAAGAAUAGAGAAAAUUAAGAUUAAAAAUUAAGAUAAUAAUUAGAAAAAGACUGA